UGAGAGGAGCCGAGGGGCAUGAUCCUCCCGCUUCGCGUGCAGCUAUUGAUGCCGUGCUCAUUAUUGACAAUUCGAGAUAUGCGUCUCCGGCAUGCCUUGAGGCCGCAUGUGAGAUUGCGCUCCGAAUCUCGCAGUUGAUGUCCGACCCCGAAGACCGGAUCGCAAUCAUCUGUACAUCCUGCCGCCAUCGAUCUCGCAUUUUAAACGCAUCUGGAUGCCUGCUACAUCCGCUCAAGCCCCCGAACCUCAAGGUGAUUGGCCAGGAGAUACGCGCAAUCCGAUCCCUGUCGACUCAACCGCCAGCUGCUGGCGGAAAACUCGGUGACACCCUGCAUGAAGCGAUAAAAAUUCUUUCCGACCCAACAAAUGGCCCUGAUGUCCUCCGCCUCAACCAGAGCCAUGUUUUCAUCAUCUCGCCGCAGUCGCCAGGUAACCGGAUCCCAAGCGAUAGUUUUGCACCGAUCACUGUGCAUGCAAUCUGCCCGGCCGUCAUACCUUACCAGAGUAAGACAAUGCAGGCGGAUGCGUGGAAGCCAUCGGCCGAGCCGCUGUCCAUCGUUGGGCAGUAUGACUGUACCAGAAAAUACUUGCAUGAAAAUUCAGCGUGGUUGCCCGAUAUUCUUGCACAUUGUCGACGUGGACACGCAUACGGCUGUAUCAAGGACCUGCAACUUGCCAUCAGGCCACAUUCGAAAUGUGUAAUCGAGAGCGUCCUUGGUCCGACCACCAUCAACAUACUUGAGGUUGGUCAAACUAUGACCAUCUUGCUAAACGUCAGGAUCCCAGCAUCCUUGUCCGCAAGCCGCGAGCCCCCUCCAACGAGUUCAAUUACCAAUUUCGACGACGCGGUUUCUGAACUAGAGAUACUGCUUGGAGAGGCUGUCACAGAGCUCUUUACUAUUCGAGCGCGUUACAACCAGUCUGUAUCCCCUGCUGACGCUGCCGUUCGUACAGAAACCAUGUGCAGCAUCCGUAGAUCCAACCCGUUCUCACAAUGGAGCAUCGACCCUCGCGGGGAUAUAUUGUCAGCUCCAAACAAUGAGAUUGAGCUUUGCAAACGACUGGCCUACUUUAUCGCCACGCAGAAUCCUGUGCAGGAAGCAUUGAAAACUUUAGAUGCUUUCUCAAACAGUCCAGGAUUACCACACACAUGCUUUCCUUACAUCAAUAGUAUUCGCCAAGAGUUACGGUAUCAAAUAUAUACCCUGCAGCCUCGAACAAGUAUACCUUUGACUACUGCUGUCCCAGUUUUGGCGCCGUCAAUGCCCUCCAUAGGAAUUGUCCCGUCAGGGCCAACUGUUACGCGUAAGGAACCUAUGAAAAAUAUUACAGGCGGGCCUCGCCACUAUCCAUCUCACCCGCAUUUCUCUUUCGAGCCCCAUGACAGUCUCCGCUUUACUGCUGUGACUCCAACACCACCUCCGGCGCAUCGCUCCGUGUCAACGUCUCAACUUACGACCCCUGGAAACAGCGACAUACACGAACACAGCCCCGACAAUACCUCGCCAGCAGUCAAAGCAUCGCCGCCCAAAAGCAGGCCCCUUUCAGGGGAGUCGGAAGCCAGUGCAACGUCAGUAGACGAGGCGCGCGCUAUAUGGCGCGAGAUGCGGCGGGACUCGCAGCCGCGUCGCGGCGUCGAGUCAGUUUGCCAGGGUAAAGACGGCCUCACAGUGGGCGUCUGGCUCCCAGAGGAGAGGGUCGUCGAGCAGCAGCUGAAGGAACAGGAGAUCAGGCGCAAGGCUGUGGCCAACAAGCGCAGCAUCGGCGCGGAUACGCUGAGAAGCCUGGCCAUGGGAGGAUGUGAACAGCUGGGCAGCGGCAGAUCGGGAUAUGCGCCGUGGAUGGUUUAGGUUUAGGCUGAGAUGACGAGCGCGUGUACUGGCUUCGGGAAGUGGGUAGAUGUUCCUACUGGAUGGAUAGGCGCAGUUAGAUAGCGGGGAAGGCGGCAGUGUUACGUUUGGUUGUUGUCGGGUGUAGGGUAGGUAGGUAACUAUGACUAUUCGACGCGUGUUGUUGCAC